AUGUUUCCCUUACUGCUCACUGUACAAAAGAUAGCUUUGAGGUACUGGAGCCACCUGAACCAAAGCAACCCUGACUCUUACCUGUUCAAGGCCGUGACGAGCCAGGAGAGCUACUCAUAUAAAAAGACCAUCAACUACAUGAUGGUGAAGCUCUGUGAGGAUAACCAGAUUAGCAUCACAGAGCCUCAGAACAGCUGCUCUAAUCAGGCCCCAGUGAUAUCUAAAAUAGCCACCGCCAUGAAAAACAAAUACCUGAAACACUGGGAGAGGCAAACACACACAAAACUAUUAAAACUUGAACUGGAAGACAACAACAUUACCAUUGAAGGGGUGAAGUACAUCAGUGACAUGCUGACUGAAAACUGUUUUAUACAGCAUUUGAAUCUGGCACAUAACCAGUUGCAGACUGCAGGGGCCAAGGCUAUUUGUGAUAUGUUAAAAGAAAAUAAUACAUUGGAGACAGUUAACUUUUCUGGAAACUACUUUAAAGAUAAGGAUGCCAAAUUCUUUGCUGACGCCUUUGCUGUGAAUAGCACUGUCCAAGUGUUGGACCUUAGUCAUAAUGAGUUUUCACUGGAAGGAGGUGAACAUUUAGGACGACUCCUGGUUAAAAACCAGACUCUUGAAGUUCUCAAUCUUUGCUGGAACCACUUGAGAUUAAAAGGAGCAGUGGCUGUCUGUGGUGGUUUGCAGGUCAACAACAGUGUACGAAAGCUGGAUUUGUCUUGGAAUGGCUUUGGAGAUGAGGGGGCCUUUGCCUUGACUGAAGUACUGAAAUGUAACAAACAACUGGAGUUCUUGGACCUGACCAACAACCGCAUCUCCUGUCGAGGUGCAAAGAUGCUGGCAACUGGACUGGCUGUGAACAGCACCUUACAGUUUUUAAAGCUCUCUCGGAAUCCUUUAACACUUGACGGAACGAUGGCUCUGCUUCUUGCUGUGAAAGACAACCAGAGUUCAACACUUGAAGAACUUGAUGUUUCAAACAUAUUGGUGAAUGAAGCAUUUCUACAGCUGUUGGAGGAGACUAGAAAAUAUCACCCAAAGCUACUUCUUCACUAUGCUGGGAUGGGUGGUUGGGUAUCAAAGAAGCCAAAAGAAAAGACAGACCCCAUGAAAGCAAUCCAGGAUUACUUAGUGGAGCGCAAGCUAAGACUCUGGGACUUCUUUCGGAAUAUUGAUAAAGCUGGCACACAGACUGUCUCUAUUCAAGAUUUCAGAGGGGCGUUGCAGAAUCUUCACAUCCCUCUGCAGAAGAAUGCAUUGGAAGAACUCAUACAAAGGUUAGAUGUGGACAGGAACGGCAACAUUGACUACAGUGAACUGUUACAGGGCCAAAAGGAUUUUCUACGCAAAUCCCGCCAUGUGGAAAAUCAAAGACAAAAAGUCAGUUCUUCAGAGGAAAAGAUGCUGAGUGAGCUCAGUCGCAGAGUGAAGAACAUGAUCCCAGCAGAUCUCAGACAUGAUUCUCUGCAUUCUUCUAAAAGAUAGUUUCACUCCAGAGUUGGCUGCACUUCAGUUGUUGCUCAAUGAUUCUACCAAUUCUAUCAAUAGCUCAGGCCACUAUCAUAGCCCUUGUACUAUCAUCACCCCCUACAACAGAAUUGUAGGACCAUUGCAUUUCUAUUAAAGAGUAGGUGUACAUAAAUGAAAAGAAAAUUGUACUGUUAGUAUUGUAAUUGUUUGUAUUGUAUGUCUGUUCAAUGUAUUGUUUUCAUAUUUACCUGCUAUCGUACACAUGGACUACAGCACCCA